GCAAAAUGAAUUAUAAAUCAAUAAGUGAAGUUCUUCGGAUAUUUAUUUUAAUAUCAAGAUUCGUUCCUUUCUAUGCUUACGAUAAUUUAUCAAGCGGUCGAACAACCAUAAUGUUGCCAACAUACCACAGUUGUCAUCUUCUAUGUGGACCAACAACUGCAACAGAUGGACAAAGAGAAACAUGUACUAAUACUGAGGCCAUUGGACCAAGUUCAAGCAGUAAAACAACAGUAUGGUCUGUAGAUCUUGGAGGAAAUUACAAUAUUUACAGCAUCGAUAUACUAUUUAAAGACUAUGCUGGAUGGGAAAUGAGACAAAGAGGUCGUUUUGCCGGAUUUUCUCUUUAUAUAUCCAACACGCCUCAAAAAGAGGACGGCCAUCUUUGUUUCAAGAACACACUUCCGUUACCUCCCUUGGAUUUCCAUACAACGUGUAUAGGAUAUGGUCGUUACGUUAUCUAUUACAAUGAAAGACUGGACGGUGAAAUCUACCCUAAAGGAUACCAGACUCAAAUAUAUACACAGUUAUGUGAAGUCGACGUAAAAGAGUGUCCAAGAGGAUGGUAUGGGGUUGGUUGUAGACAGCAGUGUGUAACCUAUUGUAUAAAUAACGAGGUUUGUAAUCACGUGACCGGUCGUUGUGACAAUGGGUGUGCUGAUGGAUGGAUCGGGAAUUAUUGUGAUGAAUCAUGUACAAAAGGAAGCUAUGGCCCUGGUUGUGCAUAUAACUGCAGUGGUCAUUGUCGUAAUGAUACCUUCUGUAACAAACAAACUGGACAUUGUGACGCAGGAUGCAAACCGGGAUAUACAGGGAAUUUAUGUAACAAAGAAUGCAUUUCUGGACAUUUUGGACCAAGCUGUAAGGAACACUGCAGCCAGAAUUGUUGGAAUGAUGAGAUCUGUAACCACAUAGACGGAGUAUGUACAAAUGGAUGCAAGGAUGGAUAUAUUGGAGAGAAAUGUAACCAAAUCUGUGACCAAGGAUAUUUUGGAAGAAAUUGUUCUGGUGUUUGCCCUCAGAAAUGCAUCAGUCUAUGCGAGUUCAAAGACGGAUUUUGUGACUGUAUCCAUGGUUGGAAAGGCUCAAAUUGCAGUGAAAAAUGUCCUUUUGGAAACUACGGAAUAAAUUGUGAGGGGAAGUGCAGUUUACACUGUGGAUUUAACGACUCAUGCGAUAUAUACGAGGGAACUUGUCCACGGGGAUGUCAAGAACCCUACACAGGAUCAAACUGCUCACAGCUGCCAAGUGAUCUCCUUCAUCCGAUAUCUACCAAAGAUUCCGUUCUUCCCAUUCCCAUGCCCUGGUUUCUAGGAUUCACUCUGUUGGGAGUGCUUAAUUUGUGUCUAAUGAUAGGAAUAUGUGUUAUAAGCUGCAGGGCAUGCUCAAAGAAAAAGUGUAACACUGUUUCUCAGAACACCCAAAGUUCCAGUUACAUUAGCAAUGAAAGAGGAAUCACUUCGUAUGAAAUACACAACUAUCAGGAAUUAAGAAAUUCCAAAGACGAAAUCCAUUAUCAAGACAUUACUUCAAUUUGAAUUGUACUACAAUUACCAAAUUACAUGUAUUUUAUCGUCUCACCAUACUAACACUUACCUUAAACCUGUCACUAAGAUAUACGAACUUUGCGUGGUAUAAAGUGGACAAAAUGUAU